CCCGCGUGACGUCACGUGACGCCGCAGGGCUCGGGCCGGGCGGGGCCGGCCGCCCUCCGGCCUUCCUCGGGGAGGCUCUGGCCGUCCCGGCGCGGGCUCGGCCGCCCGGCGACAAAAGGGAGCAGCGAGCGGCGGGGCCUUCCCGGCCCGGAGGACAUCCGCUGUCUGCCUUGGGCUCCCGCGGGCUUUCCAGGGAGGCUCGGAGCUGCAUUUCAGUAAUCCAGAGACAACUUCACACCUAUGUAAGGCAACAAGGAAGGCCAGGAAACCUCAGCAGACGGAAGUGUGAAGCCUGAUUAGAAGAUGAGCAUUUCGGGAAGCAGCUGCGGAAGCCCCAACUCUGCAGAUGUGUCCAGUGACUUCAAGGAACUCUGGACAAAACUAAAAGAAUAUCAUGACAAGGAAGUACAAGGUUUACAAAUAAAAGUAACCAAACUGAAAAAGGAACGAAUUUUAGAUGCACAAAGACUAGAAGAAUUCUUCACCAAAAAUCAGCAGCUGAGAGACCAACAGAAAGUCCUUCAGGAAACCAUUAAAAUUUUAGAAGAUAGGUUAAGAGCAGGACUGUGUGACCGCUGUGCGGUAACAGAAGAGCAUAUGCACAAAAAGCAGCAGGAGUUUGAGAAUAUCCGGCAGCAGAACCUCAAGCUUAUCACAGAGCUUAUGAAUGAAAAAAAUGUUCUUCAGGAAGAAAACAAAAAGCUUUCUGAGCAGCUGCAGCAGAAAAUUGAAAAUGAUCAACAGGAUCAAGUAGCUGAGCUUGAAUGUGAGGAAAACAUUAUUCCAGAUUCACCAAUAACAUCCUUUUCAUUUUCUGGCACUAACCGGCUACGAAGAAAGGAGAAUCUCCAUGUCCGAUACAUAGAACAAACACAUACUAAAUUGGAGCACUCUGUAUGUACAAAUGAAUUAAGAAAAAUGUCCAAGGCUUUAGCUCCUGCACCACGGAACUCUGAGGAGCAUGAAAUUCUAGUGGCUGACACUUGCAGUCAAAGCCACUCACCACUUUCUAAAAUAUGUGGAUCAAGCAGUUAUCCCACUGAUAAGUCACCUUUUAAUUUAGACACUGUUGUUGCUGAAACACUUGGAAUUAAUGUUCAAGAAGAAUCUGAACACCAAGGUCCUACAAGCCCUCUUGGGGAUGAGCUCUACCACUGUCUUGAAGGAGAUCACAAAAAACAGCCUUCGGGCGAAUCUGCAGGAAGUAGUGAAGACAGUUUAAGAUGUGCAGACGCUGUGGCAAAGACACCUCCCCAAGAAUUUACUAUUCGGGCUUCAUCACCUGUGUUUGGAGCUACCUCUACUGUGAAAACUCAUUUGGGUUUGAAUACAAGUUUCUCCCCUUCUCUCUUAGACAUUGGGAAAAGAAACCUUUUGAAGACAGCUCCCUUUAGCAACAUUUCUGUUUCUAAAUCAGAGAAAGCUAGGUCAAAAUCUGAGGACAGUGCUCUUUUCACACAUCAUAGUCUUGGAUCUGAAGUGAACAAGGUCAUUAGCCAAUCAUUACCUAAGAAGCAGAUACUUAUGAAUAAAAAUGUAAGUGAAUCCGUAGAUGAGCAGGGCAGUACUGAUCACAUUAAACACAUUAUUACUGAUAAGUGCUUGGUGCCUUUGAAAUCACUGGGAGGCAAAGCAUCAAAAAGGAAGAAGGCUGAGGAAGAGAGUGACCGUGCAGUAAACUGUCCCCAGACUUGUUUUGAUAAGGAAAACACUCUGCCUUUCCCAGUGGAGAAUCAGUUCUGCAUGAAUGGAGACCACGUGAUGGAUAAACCCCUGGACCUGUCAGAUCGGUUUGCAGCUGCCCAACGUCAAGAGAAGAGCCACGGGAAUGAAACUUUUAAAAGCAAGUUUAAACAAGUGACUGUUUGUGAGGCCUUGAAGCCUGUCCCAAAGGGCUCUUCCUCAGGUCGUAAAGCCUUGAGUGGGGCCUGCAUAUUAGCCAGAGAUCCUUCAGAGGUGUCCUGUUUACAGCAGUGUGGCCUGCAGUCCUCUGGUAAAGUCUCUCCAGACCCUAAAAUGCCAGUGCAGACAAAAGAGGAAAGGCCUGCUGUCUUCAAAACCCCUCUGUGCUCACAGGAGAGUUUGGAGACAGAGAGUCGUCUUAGUGACGCGAAGGGUACUGGUUCUCUUGUGCCAACCAAAGUAAAAAACAGAUCAGUCCAUGGAGGAUGUGAGCCUGCAUCAGUUCUUCAGUUAAAUCCCUGUAGAGUUGCUAAAACAAAGCCUCCGCCAAACAACCAAGAUGUGUCCUUUGAAAAUAUCCAGUGGAGUGUAGAUCCAGGAGCAGACCUUUCUCAGUAUAAAAUGGAUGUUACUGUAAUAGAUACAAAGGGUGGCAGUCAUUCUCGAUUAGGAGAAACGGUGGACAUGGACUGCACAUUGGUCAGUGAAACCGUGCUUUUAAAGAUGAAGAGACAAGAGCACGAAGCAGAAACUCCAAAUGGAGACAUAAAGAUGAAUGAUAGCUUAGAAGAAAUGUUUGACCAGACAACACAUGAAGAAUAUGAAUCCUUCCCCCAAGGACCAGAUGAGGAAGAAUUGUCUGCUGCGGCAAAGAAACCAAACAUACAUGGUGAUCAACAAGAUAAAGUCAAGCAGAAAGCAUUCGUGGGGCCGUAUUUUCAAGAGAAAGAGAGAGAAAGUAGCAUACAGAAUUUUCCUCAUAUUGAGGUAGUUCGGAAAAAAGAAGAGAGAAGAAAAUUGCUUGGACACACAUGUAAGGAAUGUGAAAUUUACUAUGCAGAUAUGCCCCCUGAAGAAAGAGAAAAGAAGUUGGCUUCCUGCUCCCGACACCGAUUUCGCUACAUUCCACCCAGCACACCAGAGAAUUUCUGGGAAGUUGGUUUUCCUUCUACUCAGACAUGUCUGGAAAGGGGUUAUAUAAAGGAAGAUCUCGAUCUUUGCCCUCGUCCCAAAAGACGGCAGCCUUACACUGCAGUGUUUUCUCCAAAAGGCAAGGAACAGAGGACCUAGAUGUUGGAGCAAAAGCAGAGCAGAAGACUUUUUUUUUUUUCAUGUUAGCUAUUUAUAGUUAAAGUUGUAAUAAACAUUGAUCUUUGGUUUUUUGAUCUUCUAUAAAUUGUUUAUAAAUGAAUUUUUAUUAAAAAUGUUUAAAGUAA